GAAGCAACCAAGGAUUACUAUUUAAACACCGUGAGCGCUUCAGCGACUUCAAUCAACUGACUUCUACAUGGAGGGAAUAGACCGAAAACCUGUAUCACUAAGUGGAGUAGUGGAGAUAGAGGAAAAAUCACAAUGGUCUAUACCCCGGCUUUGGUCCUCGGACACGGAAUGCUCAUUAUGUCUGAAGAGGGUAGCGUAGUCGAGCGAAGGUUUCUCUAUCAAAUCACAUCGAGCGACAAAAAAGAUACGCGUCGGGGCAGCGUUGAAAGUUGCGAAUUCAUCAAGGAAAGGAACUCCUCAAGUCUGGACUCUGAAAUGACUCUUGACUGUGAGGAGAGAAUACUCCAGCAGGAUAUGAUCAGGCAGAUCGAGAGUUGUCUCUCUGACGCUAAAGAAUCGAAUCUGCGCUGCAGGGUGCUGCUGCUUCCCCGCCCGCUGACCGCCAAGGUUGCCCGGGACGUGGUGCGUUCCUCAGUUGGAGAACCGUGUGGGCUCCGCGGGGCCUUCAUACAGGUCUAUUUGGAGACAAAACAGGGCCUUCAGCUGCAGACGCUGGGCAUUAUAUCACCCGACCCGACCGUCACUCCUACCUUCGAGCUGUCCAUUGUGUUCAAACUGGACAAAGACGGUUGGCCUCCUCUCAAGCACAUAUUCGUUACCGACAAGUUGUUGAAACUACGACCCCAGUACCGGCUGGUCAAGAAGAAAUUGUAUUCCUCCGCGAGCCCUGUCAUACACGAGUUUUGCUGAGAGAUAAUUUCUGAUCGUCAACAUGUCAUGUUUCUACAUUCCUUUUCGGAAAAAAAGCGCUGCAUCACUUUGUUUGUGUACUAAAUGUAUGUCAAUGUACACCUGUAUUGGAGUUUUAAAAUUCGAAUGAAAGUGUUGCACUGUAUAUGCACUGGAAAAUGACUGGAACAAUCAGCUCAAUUGUGAAACGAAAAAUAUGUGUAGGUAAAAAUGAGGGAAUGGUUACCCUAAAAGUAUUGUAUGGCUGAAAUGUGAGUUGACCUAGUUAGAAAAAAAGCACAGAAUGCAUGUUACCUUGCUGGUUCUAGCAGGGGGUGAAAUGUGUUAAAGGUCUGCACAAAUGUAGGAUCUUCAUUUGAGCCAGUUUGCUGUAGCAUGGAAAUAAUCCUGCAGCAACAGGAAAUGUGAAUUAUGUCAAUUAUAAUUAAGGGACCGUUUUGUAAGGGUUGAUAUGAUUUUCUUAUGAAAAAUAUAUCUAAAAUUUCAAAGUGGGAAUUAAACUUCAGAAGUCAUUUUGAACCUUAAAUACAAUACAAGUAGAACAUUUUCUGCAUUGCAUGGUUCUCAAAUGAAGAUCCUACAUCUGUACAAUAACAGCCAGUUUUUGUUUAUGCACAUUUUGUUGUGCAACAAUUCUAGGAUUAUUUAGUAAAACCAUGGAAACCUCACGUUGGAUGUGAAAGCAGAAGGAAGGCAAGCUGGUAUUGCCCCUAACCCUGUGUGCAAAUGUUUGUCUUGCAGUAUUGUUAAAGUGAAAUAAAAUGUUUUGGCACAGUA